GUGCAUAUAUUUUCUUGGAUUGAUUUGAUGAAAAAUAGUUCGUGAAUUUUCCGAGAAAAUAUAUCGUCUUCUCAUUCUCAUUCACUUGUUGAUUUCCUGGAUGAAUAUCGCAUAUUGAAGCUUAUAACAGAAGAUUUUCGAUGUCUGUUCAACCAGGUUCGGAAAAAGAUUUAUUUUUCUAUAAAUCUGAGGCUAAUUGUUGCUUCGAAGACGUCAUGGAGGAAACAGAUAACUCUGAGAGACUAAACAAAGAAGCUCCUCGGUUAUGUGCGGUAUUGAAAGAAAUGAAGGAAGGAUUAGAUAUGUUGAGGAGUAAAGUGCAAGCUUUAACUGCAAAGGUGAGAGAAGAUCAUUUUCCAACUGCAGAUGGGAUAAGUUACCUUGAGGCCAAACAUUUGCUGCUUUUAAACUAUUGCCAGUCACUUGUCUAUUAUUUGCUUCGCAAGGCAAAAGGUUUAUCAAUUGAGGGACAUCCUGUUGUUCGGAGCCUCGUGGAGAUAAGAUUAUUUUUGGAGAAGGUUCGCCCAAUUGACAAAAAGCUACAAUACCAAAUUCAGAAGCUCACAAAGGUUACAGCUGGUGUAGUGGAUAAAGUAGGUUCAAGUGAGAAGGAAGAAGAUACAACUCAGAAGACAGACGAUCUGUUGAAAUAUCGCCCAAACCCAGACAUGCUUGUUAGCAAAAUAAAUACAAGUCAUGAGGAUGGUGGUGGUGUGUAUCGACCCCCGAAAUUCGCCCCUACUUCUAUGGAGGAAGAUAAGGUUUCAAAACAGGAAAGAAAUGCAAUGAGGAAGGAUAAAGCAGUUUUGCGAGAAGCUAGGCAAAGUGCAUAUGUGAGAGAACUGAUGGACGACCUCGAGGGAAGACCUGAAGAGGUGAGAGAAAUUGUUGGAACUGAAAGUAGAGAAGUAUUAAUAUAGGGCCAAGAUGAGAGCGUGCAAGGCGAUAAGAGGAGCUUUUUACUCGUGCCCCUCUGACAAAGGUGGAGAAAAAUAAAAUGAAACACUUGAAGAAGUCAAGAAAUGGGUUGCUUGGUCUGACGGACAGUUUUUAUGAUGAAAUUAAAAGUUUACCCUUGGAGGACAAUGUUGGUGAGCAAAUGACAGGCUUUGGCAAUGACAAUAGUGGAGAAAGAAGACCAAUGAAACGGAAGAGGAGGAAGCAUUAGGGACAAAAAGCUCAAAUCAUUUGGUUUGCAUAGCAGUUGGAUGCACUGGAGUAGUCUGGUAGGGAAUUGAGAGCUUGUAUUGGCAUCUAAAAUUUAGGUUUCUUACAACAGUUGUAUGAUGUAUCGUAUAAUCUUAUUUAUCCGGCUUUCCUUUUGGAGUUCAUCUGUCAGACAAACUGCAUUGGAACUUAAAGGAGUUGCUGCUAGUCUGAUACAUUUGUUUUUGGAUAAGUGCUAGUCUGAUACAUUUGCCUUCUAGUAUAAUAGUGGCAUUCAUCAGAAUUCUACGAGUGCACAAUUUCCAGAUGCGAGAUUUUUAUGUGCUUUUAAUUGUUUGGGUCAGUUACAAUGGUGUUUCACACAGGUUAUUGGUUUUUUAUUUUUACUCAAUACUGCCUGUGCUUUAGUCAAUAUGGUUUUUCCAUUUUUUA